GCAUGUGCGGCCCGCUCAGCCAAUGGGACCAGGGCGGGAGAUUUGAAAGGAACUCGGCUGGGGCGCGGCUGGGCAGGGCCAUUCGUUUUCCAGCGGCCAGCAGGGUGGCUGCGCCACCGGCUCCAGCUUUCCUCCCCCUUUCCCUCUAAGGAUGACCCAGAAGGAGAACGCCUACCCCUGGCCCUACGGUCGGCAGACGGCUCAAUCUGGCCUGAACACCCUGCCCCAGAGAGUCCUCCGGAAGGAGCCUGCCACCCCAUCUGCACUUGUCCUCAUGAGCCGCUCCAAUGCUCAGCCCACAGUUGCCCUUGGCCAGAAGGUGAUGGAGAACAGCAGUGGGACACCCAACUUGUUAAUGCGUUCCUUCACAAUUGAUGACUUUGAGAUUGGGCGUCCUCUGGGCAAAGGCAAGUUUGGAAACGUGUACUUGGCUCGGGAGAAGAAGAGCCAUUUCAUCGUGGCCCUCAAGGUCCUCUUCAAGUCUCAGAUAGAGAAGGAGGGCGUGGAGCACCAGCUGCGCAGGGAGAUCGAAAUCCAGGCCCAUCUGCAGCAUCCCAACAUCUUGCGUCUCUACAACUAUUUCUAUGACCGGCGAAGGAUCUACUUGAUUCUGGAGUAUGCCCCCCGGGGGGAGCUCUACAAGGAGCUGCAGAAGAGCCGCACUUUUGAUGAGCAGCGAACAGCCACGAUCAUGGAGGAGCUGGCAGAUGCCCUGAUGUACUGCCACGGGAAGAAGGUGAUUCACAGAGACAUAAAGCCAGAGAAUCUGCUCUUGGGGCUCCAGGGAGAGCUGAAGAUUGCCGACUUUGGCUGGUCGGUGCACGCGCCCUCCCUGAGGAGGAAGACGAUGUGUGGCACCCUGGACUACCUGCCCCCUGAGAUGAUUGAGGGCCGCACGCACAAUGAGAAGGUGGAUCUGUGGUGCAUUGGAGUACUCUGCUAUGAGCUGCUGGUGGGAAACCCGCCCUUUGAGAGUGCUUCACACAACGAGACAUAUCGGCGCAUCGUCAAGGUAGACCUGAAGUUCCCCCCUUCUGUGCCCGCGGGAGCCCAGGACCUCAUCUCCAAGCUGCUCAGGCAUAACCCCUCAGAACGGCUGCCCCUGGCCCAGGUCUCAGCCCACCCUUGGGUCCGGGCCCAUUCUCGGAGGGUGCUGCCUCCCUCUGCCCUUCAGUCUGUCCCCUGAAUUGUCCCUGUCAUUUAUUCGGUUGUGUCUGUGUUUGUGUGUCUGUAUAUGUGUAGUUGGAAGGAGGGGUCUCUGGCCUGUUCCCUUAUCUGUCUUCUACCUCCUUUUUAUUUAAUAAAAGCUGAAGCCUUUUAUACUGA